UUGUACCAAACACACCUCAGGUUUCUAGCAAUGACCGCUCCUCAGUUUGGAGCAGCACUCCUCACCGGCCUUCUUGCUCUUGCAACUCUUGCCAGCUGCAACACUGAAGGUGACAUCCUUUACACGCAGAGGCAGACAUGGAAGGACCCUAACAAUGUUCUCCAAAGCUGGGAUCCAACCCUUGUGAAUCCCUGCACUUGGUUUCAUGUUACCUGCAACAAUGACAACUCGGUUAUCCGUGUGGAUUUGGGAAAUGCAGGCCUCUCAGGCACCCUGGUUGCUGAACUGGGAGGAAUGAAGAACCUGCAGUAUCUCGAGCUUUAUGGGAAUAACUUCAGUGGACCGAUACCGACAACACUGGGAAACCUGACAAGCCUUGUCAGCCUUGAUCUUUACAGCAACAGUCUCACUGGCGCAAUACCAACCUCGCUUGGGGCGGUGGGGACGCUGCGUUACCUGAGGCUGUAUGGGAACAACCUGACAGGACCCAUACCGGCAUCGUUGGGCCGUCUGACGAACCUUAGAAAUUUGGAGCUUCAAGAGAACGCCCUUAGUGGAUCUAUCCCGGCUUCCCUGGGCAACAUCACGAAAUUGCAGUACUUGCGGUUGUACGGCAACAUGCUAACCGGCACGGUGCCGCUGGAGAUCCUCUCUCUUGUUCUCGACGGGGACUUGGCUGAACUAAAUGUUAGGAGAAACAAUCUGGCCGGCACUGUCACCUCAUCUAAACAAAGAGUGAGCAACAUCAUCCAGGACACGCUCAAGACAGCAAAUUGAGCGAGUAAAGGGAAUGUAUUUUCCUUGUGAAGCUGCUAGCAGUAGUAGCGGCAGCGUCAACCGUUGUAAACCUUCGUUCCGUUAAUAAUCCCGGGAGUUACCUCCGUUUUACAUUGGAAUAAUGAAUUUUGCUUGCUGUGCA